UAAUUGCUGUGGACAGAUAAUGAAGGUCAUGGACAGUGCUAAGAAAAUUACGUUGUUAUGUGCCUGUUCGAAUGGAGAAUUUUUGCAGUAACCGGUUUUAAGAAAUCAGUAGAUGGUUGUUUUGGAAAGAUUUGUACUUUGGGAUCUGUUGUAUCCUUUUUGAUGCUAAUAGCCCAGCGUUUUGAUGUCAGCCGGUUUGAUGGGAAGACGUAUUUUUCUACGCCAUUCGACUUUGAAUUAAUUGUGCAGCCUAAUUCUAAAUAUUAUUUGGUGGAAAGUGUUGCAAAAAGCGUCGACAGUUUUACUGAAAUGAAGAUAGGGGAAUUUUAUAAAGUCAAAUGCGUUUUAAUUACUGUUUUUAUGCCUUACGACAAGACUAAAGUUUGUGCCAUCGUUGGUGAUUUAAAGGGCCAUAGGGGUGAUUUAUAUGUUUCUGGAGAAGCUUUAGCUGAGAAAAUUGGAAAUGGAAAAGAAUAUAACCAAGUUGUUCUUAGCAAGUGUUUUGUCAAUAUUAACGGUUUUUAA